AUGAUCUGCCUUGAGAAGAUAAAUUCCAAGACUUUAUUCAAUUCCUUCACCGUCAAAAGAACCCACGAUGUUGGUUUUCCGCCCCCAACUUCAUAUACUCUCCCCCUUGACAUUCCAUAUGAUUGGUGCACUAGGGAGAUAGAUAUAAAAUCUCAAACCUUGAAUGAUUACACACAAGAAAGCUCUGAAGCAUCAAGGAGGAAUUGUUUGUAUUCGCCGAUGCAAAACCUCGGUAUGAAAUCUUGCACUCUAAUGCGUUCCAAAUCUUACAUGUACAUCAGAUCUUUCAUUGGCAAUCAUACGAAUUCUCAGCGCGUGCAUGAACAACAAAGAAUCGACGGCGAGCAGAAGAAGUGGGAAUCACCAACACAUGGGAUAAGCACUAGAUAG